AGAGGCGGAACUGAAUAAAAGGAACGUAUUUUGUACCGAACACAUUUCGAAAAAGUACGCGUUCUCCCGUUGCCGUGGCAGCAGCGACUUCAGGAAGAACGUUCGGGCGAUUAAUGAUGGAUGCUCGAGAGACAGAUCUGCUGGGUGGCAGUGAGAACAUAGUUGAAAUGCAGAAUUUGGAAGAAGAGGACUUUGCUGUUUCAAAAUCAUCAGAUGCUUAUGCAGAGUUUGACAUGGUUAUUGGGAACAUCGAGGAUAUUAUAAUGGAGGAUGAAUUCCAACAUCUUCAGCAGUCUUUCAUGGAGAAAUAUUACCUUGAGUUUGAGGAGUCUGAGGAGAACAAGCUCAGCUAUACACCUAUUUUUAAUGAAUAUAUUGAAGUCCUAGAAAAACAUCUGGAACAGCAGUUGGUAGAGCGAAUUCCUGGAUUCCACAUGGAUGCCUUCACCCAUUCACUUAAACAGCACAAAGAUGAAGUCUCGGGUGACAUACUUGACAUGCUGCUCACUUUCACUGACUUUAUGGCCUUUAAAGAGAUGUUCAUUGAUUACAGAGCAGAAAAGGAGGGCAGAGGAUUGGACCUUAGUACUGGUCUGGUGGUGAAAUCUGUAAAUUCUGACCUCUAGCAUGGCCUCAAUAGGCAUUUCAUGUAAAUGAACUUAGUCAGUCAACACAUAUGAUUAUUCCCAUUUAAAAAUAUUAAUAUUUAUUGAAAAUUCCUUUCUGACACAUCCCAAAACAACAGCCACGGUUAAACUUGACAGAAGGGGAUUGGUGUUUAAUUUAGGUUAAUGUUUAAACGUAACAUUAGGGUUAUCUGUCAGCUUAUCCGGUAUGACUCCUCUAACACUAUUCAUCCGUCACCAAAUCCACUCGGUCUGAUCAGCCUUUCUUAUCUUGUCGGCCUACAGCACAGCAAAACACUAUUGCAGCAAACUGAUGUAGAAAGCUGCAUCUCAAAGCUGCCAUUUUAUUGCAAGUAUACCCAAAUAAUUCCUUUCACUUGACAAUCAUUAAGGGCUUUACAAUACAAAAGUAUUCUACAACGUGCCUGACAUGACAACAAAUCUAAAAGACCCUUUUUCCAUUUAAAAGACUUCCAAGUCUUUAAGUAAAAUAUUACAUAAUUAAAAAGUGUUCAUAUAGUUACCAGAAGCAAUGUAAAUAAUCGGUUUUCAUGCUUUUAAUGUGAUGCUGAGUAUGUUUUGGAUGUCUCUCAUAUCCUCUGCGUGACAAUGAGAAGGAAAGACUCAAAACAAUACUUAGUUUUGUUGAUGUAUAUAAAUUUCAACCUCUUACUCCCUUGUUUGCUUAGAGAAAAUGUGUUCUUACUAGAUGAAUGUUGUGUUAUCAUGAACAUUUGUUUAUUAUUUGUAUAUGUAUGUGUAUGUAUAUAUAUAUAUAUAUAUAUAUAUAUAUAUAUAUAUAUAUAUAUAUAUAUUAUACAUUUGAGCCUCUGUAUGAAAGAAAUAAAUACAAUGGUUUUUCAUUAUAUUUUAUCAAAGCAGUUCUAUGCUCAAAACAAUUACAUUCUUAAGCAUAACUUUACAAUAAUGCAAGAACCUCACCACUUAAAUACAUAGUUUCUCAAGUAAUUUACUGUAAUCUUAGAAAAAAGUAGUGGACAAAAACACCUGCAAAUUAAGAAAACAUCUUCAUCAAUUUGACAACACAAGUACUGCAAACGCUCACGGCACAAAUAAAGAAAUGCAAUGCAAAUGAGUCAACUUUUUGUUUAUUUUAACAUCCUGAUCAUAGGAUUUAAGUGCUCUCUCUCGCUCUAUAUAUAUAUAUAUAUACAUAUAUUAGCCUAAAUAAGGAUGAAAUAAACAAUUGCUGUAACUGUGAAAGGUUAUGUAAGCUGGCUAAUUUACUUCUACAACUUCCCUUACAAAAAAAUCCAUAACCUAUGGUUUUACUAUUAAAGUUAAAGAAUUCAUUGAUAAAGCAUAGAAAUGGUUACUAGAGUUAAACUAUGGUAGCCAUGCACAAAUUAACCAUGGAUUUACUACACUAACCAUAGUUUGGACCAAGGUAUUUGUAUAACAGUUGUAAAAAAAAAAAAAAAAAAAACCUUGGUCCAUUUUUACUUUGUUGAGGUAAUUUUAUUGUGAUCUAUGAUACUUGUACAUUUCUUUGUGUUGUGAGCAUUUGCAGCACAUACUGUCAAACUGAUGUAUUCUUAGUAUGCUGGUGCUUUUUCUAUUUGCAUGAGUUUGCAUGUGCAGCGCAUCGAGCUCUUCAAGCCACUGUAAACAUGCAAUAAAAGCAGUAAUAUUGCAAAAUGUUACUGCAAUUUAAAAAAGUGUUUCUAGGCACUGAUUGCCUAGUGGACAGUGUGCCUACAUGCUGCACCCAAGUCAACCUUGUCGGACCUUUCCCGAUCCCAUCCCAGCAUUUUUUUUAAAUAUAAAAUCUUUUGGAAUAUUAUAAAUUCAUUUACUGUCACUUUUGAUCAAUUCAAUGCGUCUUUGCUGAGUAACAUAAUUUGCUUCAAUCUUUUAAAAAAAAUCUUACUGACCCCACGUCUGAUGCACAUAAGCAUACACACAAUGUUCAUGUUGUUAACCAGCAAGCAACUUUGUUGGGCACCAUUAUACAGAAGGGUUGUUGGACGUUCCUGAAGAGGAUUUUCAGCAGUGCCAAAACAUCUGAGUAAUAUCUCAAGUCUAAGUCUCCUCACAUAGUGACAGAGAAUGUUAAUCAGAGGAUGGUCUACACAGGCACUGUACUCGCCGCUGCAUUUUGCCCUUCACCCCUCCAGUCCAAAUAGGCUAAGUAGCUGCUAGCUCCGUAUAACAGAGUCACCACAAUGGCAAAGAACUGAAAGAAAAGAAAAAAGAUAAAAAUUACCAAAAAUGUAUACAGACCUUACAUAUAGCACUCAUGUUUAAGAAGUAUGGAGUAUGUGUGUGUUUAUAUACAAUAAACAUUAAUGGGGUUCAGUGCUGUUUUGGAUUCCAAUGAUAUCAUUGUAUAUGGAAAAAACUGUUGAAACAGUCUUCAGAAUAAAGAAAGUCAUACAAAUUUGUA